CACAGCGUACUACGUAUGCCGCGAAUCGUUCAGUAGCCAACGUCGACUCCGACGCGCGCGAUCUUCGUUUUUUUUCCGUGUGCGUUUGUUCCGAUCGUCCGACCGUUAUAACAACACCCUUUCGUCGUCGUCGUCGUCCACGUUCUUUGUACCGUUUCGUUCUUAUUUCUCCCCUUCCCACACACACCUCCGUUUCGUUCCUCGCGAUCACGACCGUUGUGAGAUCCGGCACCGGGUUAGCGGUAACGUGGUGCUUGUGCGCGCGCGCGGUCCGUCCGUCUAACUCUCGUCCGUCGUUACCGGCCUUUUGAACGGGAACGCGCACGACAUGCCUUGACGGGCCGCGAACGCCCCUUGCAGCAGGAACAACAACAACACCACUGACAGCACCGCCACCGCAACCGCAGCAGACCUGUCCACACCGCUCACAUCGACUGUCAUCGUCAUGCCCACGGUCAUAUCCAAGUACCUGGAUGGCAGCAUUAUGCGCCGGGACAACGUGAGCAAAGGGGUGCUGGCCGCGGCCGUGCUGCUUUACGGCUGCAAGAUCGGCUAUCCAAUCGUGCUGAAGGUGUGCAACGUUAACGGUGGUGACAGCAAAGGGCCGGAGGACGGCGCACGGCGGCCGUCUGGCCAGGCCAACGACAACAACAAUACCACCACUACCACCAAAGUGGUUUCGAUCGCGGGCAAAAAGUCGUCGAUCCCGAAGAAGAUGAGGUCGGCCGGGCCCGGGAUUGACCGCGAGUUCCUGAUCCAGCUGAAGAAGUUGCUGCGGCUCAUGGUGCCCGGCUUUUGGACGCCCGAGGUAGGCCUGCUGUCCAUGCACACGUUCGCGCUCAUCUGCCGCACGUUCAUGUCCAUCUUCGUGGCCACCAUGGAGGGCAAAAUGGUCAAAUACAUUGUGCGCCGGGACGUGCCCAACUUCGGACUCAUGCUGUUCAAGUGGCUGCUGUGUGCCUUGCCCGCAACGUUCCUCAAUUCCAUGAUCCGGUACCUGGAGUGCAAGCUUGCCCUGGCUUUCAGGUCUCGGCUGGUCGACCACGCGUACGGUCUGUACUUCAAGGAUCAAACGUACUACAGGGUCAGCAACAUGGACGGUCGCAUCGACAACGCCGACCAUCGGCUGACGGACGACAUCACGGCGUUCACGUCGUCCGUGGCGCAUUUGUACUCGCACCUGACCAAACCGUUGUUCGACUGCGCGCUGAUCGCGCUCACGUUGGCCAGGAGCAGCAAGCAAAUGGGCGCAGCUGUCGUGCCAGGACCUCUGUUGGCCAUCGUUGUCAUUAGUAUCACUGGACAAAUACUACGAAUGCUGUCACCGAAAUUCGGUUCCUUAGUAGCCGUAGAAGCUGACAGGAAGGCGUACCUUCGACAUAUCCACUCCAGAGUCAUCACGAACGCCGAAGAAAUCGCGUUCUAUGGCGGUCAUAAAGUGGAAAUGAUCCAUUUGCAAGACGCUUAUCAAUCGUUAGUGCAACACAUGAACUCGAUAUUCUCGCAGAGGUUGUGGUACGUUGUCCUGGAACAGUUUCUCAUGAAAUAUGUAUGGAGCGGAACGGGAAUGGUGGUCGUGUCGUUACCGAUAAUAAUGAGCUCGAGAGUGGCAGAACUCAACGACUCGCCAGACGGAGGAGUGAGCGAGCGGACUCAGUACCUGACCACAGCUAGGAAUCUACUGGCUUCGGGGGCCGACGCAGUCGAGAGAUUAAUGACUUCGUACAAGGAAAUCGUCGAGUUAGCUGGUUACACGUACAGAGUGGGCGUAAUGCUGGACGUGUUCAACGACGUCAGCAAGUGUAAAUACCGCAGGAACGGUUUAGCCAACAGCAAAAUGCACAAGACGUUGUCGAAACUGCACUACAGCAAAGACGGACAACUCGUGAUCAGAGGUGUUGUGAAAAACAGUCCGGACGGUAGCAUAUCGCUGUACGACGUGCCGAUAGUGACGCCCAACAGCGACGUGAUCGUUUCGAGCUUGACGUUGACGAUGAAACCCGGCGAACACCUACUGAUCACCGGUCCUAACGGAUGCGGCAAAUCGUCAUUGUUCAGGGUCCUGAGCGGAUUAUGGCCCGUCUACGCGGGCACGCUCAUCAGGCCGCCGAACUGUUGCAUGUUCUACAUACCGCAAAGGCCUUACAUGACUUUAGGAAGCCUUAAGGAACAAGUCAUCUAUCCUGACACUCUGGCGGACAUGCUGUCUAAAGGUGUUACUGAACAAGACCUGGAGGCGUGCCUAGCCCGGGUGCACCUGUCCCAUUUGGUGCAAAGGGAAGGUGGCUGGGAUGUGAUGGCCGACUGGAAGGACGUGUUGUCCGGCGGCGAAAAACAGAGAAUGGCGUUCGCCAGGAUUUUCUACCACAAACCGUCGUUCGCCCUACUCGACGAAUGCACCAGCGCCGUGAGCAUAGACGUUGAGAGCGACAUGUACCAGUCGGCCAAGGACUGCGGCAUCACACUGCUCACCAUCACUCACCGACCGUCCUUAUGGAAAUUCCACUCGCAUAUAUUACAUUUUGACGGUGAAGGCGGAUGGAAACUGACAAUUCUAGGGCAAAAGGAAAAGGAAACCGGUAUAUUAGCGAUUGAACAACCAAAAGACAAAUUAGUGAACGGAAUUUCAUAAUGUGAAUAUUUGAAGCAUUGAAAACAUAUCUUGCCAAUCUUUACAUUUUAAUGAAAACCAUGUGAUUAUUAAUUUUACGAUUAAUUAAUUUUUAAAUAUCUGUUUAAAUUUAUAUUUAUCUUUAGUUCGUAGGUUUUUGUUGGAGAACAGAGAAUAUUAUAUUGUAUUUAGUUAGUAUAUAAUGUACAGAUAUGGAU